AUCUCGUCUUGACUUCACCAUCGUAUUUAACACACCCAUCCAGAUGCUCACUUGCUAUAAAGCGUGCGUCUUUCUCCGCUUUAUCCGUCUAAGGUGUUUUGCGCCUUGUUACCUGCACAAACUGCGACUGAGAGUUUGGAUUGGAUUUCUGCUUUUUUGGAUGAGUGCGCGUCUACCACUUGCGGAGACUUCCUUGUAAAGACAUAAAAAAGCUUGAUAUUGACAAGCCGAGCUUGUGGUGUUCUUAUACGGGAUACGCGCGGACGUUUGACCGAUGGUCGACUCCGUGCAGCGGAACCUUACUAAACUCGCUUGGAGAGGGGCCGUGUGUCGACAAUGUGGUUUGAGCAAGUCGACCGUUGGUCUGAACCCGCUCGACCCUGUCCACCUGGACGCUCGCUGAUGUCCCUUUGAAAAGAAAAAUCUACACAAAGCUUGGGGGGAAAAAAACCAAAAAACAGGACUCUGAUGCUGAAACCAUAACGCUUGAACACUGAAUCCUCUACUCAAGACAGUAAGUGAAGAUGGGUCCUUGGUGUUUAAUGUAUAUUUCAUUAGACUGGCGUCCAGUCUAAUUAACAUAAUCAGUGAUGUAGUCAGCCUGUGCAUCUGCGUGAUCAUCAUCUGCAGUAAAUACUCACAUCUGCUCAAAAGAGAGACCAUGAAGAUGAUCCUCCUGCGUAAAUUCCGGGUUUUGAUUCUCAUGGUGUUCCUGGUGGCGUGCUCCAUGCACAUCAUGAUAGACUUGCUGCCCAAGCUGGAGAGGCAAGGCGUAGGCGGCUGCUCCUGCUCGCACACGCCCAGUGAGGAGCCUCGCAACUGGGCCAAACAAGGCUGGCCCAACAAGCACACGCUGCGCAUCCUGCAAGACUUCAGCAACGAGCCCAGCGCCUCCAACAUCUCGUCACAUUCCUUGGAGAAAGCCCCAGCGGGUGGUGACAAGUCUCAGGGGUUCCGGAUCCCGCAACACUAUGACCACCCUUCGGACAGGAAGAGGCCAUUCAUCCAGGAUGCUGCAGUCAGCAAGAACCUGCCGGCCAAGGGUUCAAGACUGGCCGCCCUCUACGAGCACCCCUUGUAUAAAAGGUCCUUGCCGACGCUCACAGAUGAGGAUACGCUGUUCAACGUUAACACAGACAUCCGAUUUGACCCCAAGGCAGCAGAACAAGAGUGGAAUGGUGAAGGCAAUCCAGAGGAGUUCAGCCCAACUGGAGAGCUGACAGCUGACUCAUAUCCUAACUGGCUGCGCUUCCACAUUGGAAUUAAUCGUUACGAACUCUACUCCAGACACAAUCCCGUCAUCGAUGCUCUGCUGAAGGAUCUUGUCAACCAAAGGAUCACCAGCGUGGCGAUGAAAUCUGGAGGCACCCAGCUCAAGCUCAUUAUGACCUUUCAGAACUACGGACAGGCUCUCUUCAAGCCCAUGAAACAGACUCGUGAACAGGAGACGCCCCCGGAUUUCUUCUAUUUCUCAGACUUUGAGAGACACAAUGCUGAGAUUGCUGCUUUCCAUCUUGACAGGAUUCUGGACUUUCGUCGUGUCCCUCCCGUGGCCGGCAGACUUGUCAACAUGACCAAGGAGAUUCGAGAUGUCACACGUGAUAAAAAGCUGUGGAGGACAUUCUUCAUAUCACCAGCAAACAAUGUGUGCUUCUACGGUGAAUGUUCUUACUACUGCUCGACGGAGCACGCUCUAUGCGGCAAGCCUGACCAGAUCGAAGGAUCCCUGGCCGCCUUCCUUCCAGAUCUCGCCCUUGCGAAGCGUAAAACCUGGAGGAACCCUUGGAGACGCUCCUACCACAAACGCAAGAAGGCAGAAUGGGAAGUUGAUCCCGACUACUGCGAGGAGGUCAAACAGACGCCGCCGUAUGAUAGCGGAACAAGACUUCUGGACAUCAUGGACAUGACCAUCUUUGACUUCCUCAUGGGAAACAUGGAUAGGCAUCAUUACGAGACAUUUGAAAAGUUUGGAAACGAGACAUUCAUCAUCCACCUGGACAAUGGCAGGGGUUUUGGAAAACACUCCCAUGAUGAAAAGUCCAUCCUCGUGCCACUGACUCAGUGCUGCAGGAUACGCAAGUCGACCCACUUGCGACUGCAGCUGCUGGCUAAGGAGGAAUACAAGCUGUCCACGCUAGUGGCAGAAUCCCUGGUGAGGGACCGGCUCAGUCCCAUCCUCAUCCAGCCACACCUGGACGCUAUGGACCGGCGGCUCCGCCAGGUUUUGCAGGUGGUGAGUGAAUGCAUCGAAAAGGAGGGCUACAGUUACGUGGUGGAAGACGACCUCCAAGGGAGUCAAUGGACAGAGCACAGUGGGCCGAGAAGGAGGUAGCUGGUCUGGGAACUUCAACGAAGGAUAGGACUGGGGCUCGGAGGAUUUAAAUUGCCUCCAGUACUAAGUGAAGGCUUUCACUCCUGAAAGUUAGAAGCUACUGGUGGCAACAAAACUUGACGCAGGUGACAAAAUGCGCAUCCUAGGUUGGCCGGCCUAUGAAAUGUGACCUGACUCUCACCUGAGCGUUGGAUAGUAUCACGGCAGCUUGACUGACCCACUGCAGUGCUAGCAGACUGUGAAAGUCUUGUAAGAGACGCCUUGUCUUUGUCUGCUUCUGGACCUUUUCUUGAAUUCAGUGAAUUCUAAGGAACUCGUUGAAACUCUCCAAGCUGACAAAUGUGUUUCUACAUAUACCGAUGACAUCACAAGCGUUUGGUUUAGUUGCCCUGAACAAGGACCUGAUUUUCUUGUUGUCAUUUUAAAGAUUGAAAAAAUCAGUUGUGUUUACAGUAAAAGAUUUAUCUAUUGUUUUAUAUUCUACCAAAGGGGUUUAAAAUAAUUGAAAUUGGAGUGCAGGUUAACUCCUGAAUUCAUCCAUUAACAUUGACAGUAAAUAUCCUUAAGAGAGUAUUUAUUGAAAAAUCAUAUUUAUUGUUUAAAAUCAAAGAGUUCAUAAAUCAGGCUCAAAAAUAACAUAACAGUGGUGUAUGUUCUUAUUUACGCCACAAGAGGGCGAAAUUGUUGUUUGCAAAACAAGCAGUUUGAAGGUCAGGAAAGAAAAUGUUUACACUUGAGGUGGUGUCACUCCUAACUGCUGUCUUGUUUUCAUCACUUGUAAACACCAGCCACAAUAUUAGGAACAUUUGCUCAUUGUGAUAAGUCCCAGUCAAAGGGUUGUGUCAGAUAUCUGCUUUUAUAUAAGAGAGGGGUCAGCAACCCUUAAAACACAAAGAGCCAUUUCCACCCAGUUUCCACAGAAAAGACAACAGUGGGAUCCGCACGCAGACUUUGACAAAGGAAAUGUUUGCAUCAUUUUAACUGUUAAUAUGUAUAUUGACAGGGUAUCCGCGGGGUCUUAAAUGUCUAGACAAGUCUUACAGUGUAUCACAAAAGUGAGUACAACCCUCGAAGUUCUGCAGAUAUUUAAGUAGAUCUUUUCAUAGGACAACACUGACAAAAUGUCACUUUGACGCAAUGAAAAGUAGUUUGUGUGCAGCAUAUAUUAUAGAGUUAAUUUAUUUUCCCCUCAAAAUAACUCAAAAUAUUGCCAUUAUAGGGCUGGCAAACGAUUGAAAUUUUAAAUCAAGUUAAUCACAGCUUAAAAAUUAAUUAAUCGCAAUUCAAACCAUCUCUAAAAUAUGCCAUAGUUUUCCGUAAAUUAUUGUUGGAAUGGAAAUAUAAGACACAAGACGGACAUAAACAUUCAACAUACUGUACAAAAGUAAUGUACUUGUUUAUUAUCACAAUAAAUCCACAAGAGGGCAUUAACAUUGUUAACAUUCUUUCUGUUUAAGGGAUCCACACAUAGAAAGACUUGUAGUUCUUAAAAAAUUUGAGCACAAGUUUUAUAACAAGUUUUAAUAUUUUGUAUUAAAACCCCUCCUAAUGUGUGACAGCUGCGUCAUUAGACUGUCAUAAGACAGUCGUAAUUAUGACAUGACACUAUCACGGGCAUUACUGAAUGCUUGAGACGGGUGUCAUUAGGUGUCAUCCGGUAAUUUAUGUCACUGUUUCCAUUUGUGUCCAGCUUGGAUCUUUUACAUCCAUUAAAAAGUGAGAUAAUUUCCCAGAUAACACUAAAUGACAUCUGUUAUAAGCAGUCAUUAAUGCUCAUGACAGUGUCAUGUCAUAAUUAUGAUUGUCUAAUGACAGUAUUACGGCCCACUGUCAAAUAAAGUGUUUCUAAAUAGCAUAACUAGCAAUUGAUGAAACAACUGGAACAGUAACUGAGGAAAUAAUUAGCACAUAACAUGAAUUUUGAUUGUUAUUUACAUCUGUAGCGCUGCAAUGCAUGCUAGGAGGCAUGCUGGAAAACAACAGUGUUGACAGAAGGUGGAAGUAGAGCUUGACUGUCUCCCCCAAGGGAGCAGUGAUGGCCAAAUGAAGCUUCUUGAAGCAAUGAAGCUUUGCAGCCUAUUGGUUCAAAGCUUCAUGUUGGUUCAUUUGGUUUUAUGACAGUCUUAUGAUGCCACUGUUAAAUAAAGUGUUACCAGUUAAUAUAUUUUGGUGUAAAUAUCCCAUAAUACAGUGAGGACAUUGGACGAUAGUCCAAUGAGGCUUAUCUAUGAUCAAAUGCCGUUUUCAUGCCAAAUUUGGCUGGUGACGGCUUAUAGUCAGGUGCACCUUAUAGUACGGUAAGUACAAGUACAGAUAUAGGUGCAAAAAACUACUUUAGUAAAAGUAAAAGUAUCUCAGAAAAUAUUUACCCAAAUAAAAGUACUUGCUAUUUUCUCCCGAUGCAAAAAUGUACCGUAUUAGCCCGAAUAUAAGACAGUGUUUUUUGCAUUGAAAUAAGACUGAAAAAGAGGGGGUCGUCUUAUAUUCGCGGUCUGGACAUUAUACCCAUUCACGAGACUAGAUGGCGCCAGAUAUCAUUGAAGCGAUGUUCUGUCAUGACAGAUCUCAGCUACUCUCUCCAUUCACAACGCUAGAUGGCGCCAGAUAUCAUUGAAGUGAUGUUCUGUCAUGACAGAUCUCAGCUUCUCUCAAGUUUAACCAGUUUGCAUUAUUUUAUGGCAAUGUUUUUUUUUCCUUAUUCAGAUUUGUUUCAAGACUACAGUUACAGUUAGACUUCACUUUGAUGGUUAAUGCAGUUAUUGCAGUUUUGUUGUUUUAUCACAAAUGAUUGGUUUAUUUACAUUUCAAAAACCAGAAGCCAUCCAUUUACGAAUGUGAUUGCACUUUAGUUUACAUAUUUAAAUUUUCAGAUAUAAAGAUUUGAAUGAGGCAAAAUAACAUGCUUUUUCUCUCAACUAUAUUGUUAUAAUCAUUUGUUUCGGAUGCACUGUAAUUAUUUUCUGUAUAAAAAUUAAUUUGGUGUUCAAAAAGUCUUUUCUCAAACUUAAGUCUUGAAAAAGAGGGGGUCGUCUUCUAGUCAGGGCCGUCUUAUAUUCAGGCCAAUACGGUAAUAUACGUAUCUAUCUAUUCAUACAUACAUACAUACAUACAUACAGAGAUAAGUCAAUAUUGAAAGAAAGAACAUGAAAAUGCAUUGACUUGAGAAUUGAAAAAACAAGCAAAAAAAUUGACUGCACCCUAAACAGAAGCUCAAAAACUCAAAAUUUAGCUUAAAGGCAGAUUGCAAGCAACUAUCAGGUGCAUACCGCCACCGUACCAUACCAGUAAUAGAAUGAGGUGUUUUUUAUCGGUCAAUGGUAUUGUUCACCUGCCUAAUCUUGCUUGUUCUCGUGUUGUUGCCUCUCGUGCUUCGUUACGGUAUAGUUGCACGGGGCUUAUCGAUUGCGCCUCAGGCAUGAAAAUUAUUGAAAUUAUCAAUUCACAAUGAGAAAAAAAGAAAACAAACAAAAUUAAUGUGGAACGAAGGUGACAAUUUGAAAAGUAUGGAAUAAGAAGUACAGAUACCUGCUGUAAAAUGUAGUGUGGUAAAAAGUUAAAAGUGCCUCUUCAUAUUUGUACUCAAGUAUAUUUUUGUGAAUCUGUACUUUACUUAAAGAGCAUACGACAUGAGAAAAAAAGUCUUAAAUAGCAUUAUUAUGUGAAUUAGAAUCAUAUUUUGAGACGAUUCGACUGUAUACAACAAUUUAGCAAAGCGCAGAUGACGAGAAAUUAGUCUUUUAAUCUGCCGGUUAGCCACGCCUACCAUUAUAGGGCUUUAGCGUCCCCAACAGGUGGAUGACGUCAGCGGUAGACUGGGCUCAUCGGUUUUACUAUUCAGCCCAUUGAGGGGGAAUUAUUCAGAACGAGGAAAACGCGACGAAGAGAGCCGCAAAAUGUCAUUGUUUCAGUCUCUCUACCCCAAUAUUUUUACAGGAUAUUCUUUUUAUCCAAGUAUUUUUCCCCAAUAGCUAUAUAAUUGGCUUGAGAAGGACCAGUCAGCCCAUCGAGGGGGAACUAUUCACAACGAGGAAAACGCGACGAAGAGAGCUGCAAAAUGUCAUUGUUUCUGUCUCUUUACGUCAAUAUUUUUACAGGAUAUUCUUUUUAUCUAAGUAUUUUCCCCAAUUGCUAAAUAAAUGGCAUGGUCAUGACAGAUAACAGUCUUGUGCUAAAUGGAAUAUGAAAUAAUAAAAAUACAUUUAUUCAGGCAUUCAGACAUGGCAAAAUUACUCCAUAAUGGUCAAAACUGUCGACUUCACCUCUACUGUCGCACCUCCCGAACGAUAUUUUAUGACACCUAAAUCGGACAUAUGUCAUUUCCCUUCCCCGGCUUCGGAGAAUGUACACAAACCAAAAGACGUGACAGCUAGCCGACAUGCUAACCCGAACCGAGUGAUGUUUCAAAGUCUUCGAAGCGGAAAAUCACACAUAAUUAGCCUCAAUUAUUUGACAUGACGACUGGGCUGUCAAUUGUCUUCGUGGAUCGGCAAACCGCCCGGCGGAGAGCAAUUUACAAUUCGUUCCCCAGAGGAGGGUGGCUGCAGUUGUUGUGCAGCUAACAUGCUGCUAAUGUGCAUGAGGAGGGCUUUUUACAUGCCUAUCAAUGAUCAAAUGUAAGUAGUCCUUUAUUUAAAGAAAGUUUGUAGUGUUUACUUUGUAAUCGCUGUAUUCGUAUUUGACAUAAUACAAAACAAAAUGUUUACUCACUUCCUCGUAAGUCCAAUGGUCCCACAGUAGUAGGGCUUGGUCAAUAUCCACGGUGAAUGGGAACCUUUUGAAACUCCAAAAAGGGCGCAUACGCCUCUCCCUCAUACAGAAUGAUUUUUCUGCAGCCGUUUGGCUGGCGUGAUGCGAAAAUAAACGCAUUAAUCCGCAAAAUCAGCUGAAUCCUUCAUCCCCAUACACAACAGUACGCUGUAUAGUGAAGAGGACGUCUUCUACCGUACACGUCACAGCGCCCUCCUCCUCAAUGCAAGACCGAAGCCGGAAGUCACUCAUUUUCAUGGCGCGGGAUUCAAAAAACUAAAUAAAUAUAACAAUCGCUUCCACACACAUCCAAGCGGUCCAUAUCAUUCAGGAGCAUAAAAUACAUUAUGAAAUAAACAUGCUUUUUCGUGUCACAUGCACUUUAAGUUCUUUUUCUUCGUUAAAUUCCACCUCUGCUACUUGGAAGAUGGACUCACAAGUCCGAGCGCCUACGUAUAGCGCAAAGACUUCCGAGUCACAACCAUGACUUUACGUAGUUGGUGAAUUCAUGCCUCGCGUGAGUGUUCUGUUAACAAACACACAAAGCAUUGAGAAAAGAAUUGACUUGAUUUGCCUUUUAUAGGGAAGUUAAACUUUAUUGUUGAAUCUCGCAAAUGCCAGAAUAAAUUUCAAACAAAUAUUCAUUCAUUUAAUUCAAAACUGACUGGCAUCAGAAGGUUCAAAUAACAGCAAGUGGCUCCAGGGUCAUGGGUUGCUGACCCCUGAUAUAAGAUGAUAAUGCCUGUUUGUAUCAUGGCACUUGUACUGUCAGAGAGGUAUUUAUUUCACAAUUUGCAAAUUUUGGCUCACAACAGCACUGUAUCAUAUUGAGGAGUUUUCAAAUAUUCUGGAUCCCCUGCAUUAAACUAAAAAUGAUUAAACGUGCAAUACCUUCCUGUGUGUUACAGUGCCGUUAGCUGUUGUAUUACAACAACAAAAAAAACAGAUUAUCUUUGUAAAAGCAGAAUUUUUGAUCUUAUAUUGCACAUAAGUGGACUUAAUAUUGUGGCCGGUGAAUGUUAAUGAUUAGUUAUGGUACCAAAAAUCCAAAUGUUACACAAAUCAAUUUGUGUUAAUGUUUCUUUGUAAUAUAAUUAACGUCCUAAUGUUGCUGUCAUCAAGAGAUUAUUUUUGCGGGUUGUACAUGUAAUUCUUGAACAGCAGCUUUGACGGCUGAGCUGUUGGACGAGCUGAUUGUUCUGUCAUUGGCUCAAAUUUAAUAUAUACCAUAGGAAAAUCUAGUGCCUGUGCAAUGAUAGAAACUUGAAUGUCUGGUUUCAUACAGCUGAUAGUUUUCAACUUCUCCUAGUACAGAUAAGAUGGAGAGGUCUUUGUGUGUGUGUGUUCUCAUUCGAUUUGUUGUAUAAAAGAUUUUAUAAAGUCCUGUGUCGAUACAGUGUGCGUGCGUGUGAGGUGCGUGUGCGUGACUGAAUCCACGGAGAACAUACAAUAUGUUCAAACAGUUAUUCAUCAUCAGAAUUUUUUUUCUGUGGAAAUUUUUUUGUUCCAUUCUUUUGCAUCAUGG